CAGAAAAAUAGGCCUUUAUUGUUCAGUUCUUAUUGUCAGCUAUAUAAAUAACGAUCUAUCCACUACUAAUUAUUAGUAUUAGACAGAGAUAGCAAGUACAUUCUCGUUUCGAUGCACGGAAAGCUGGCUCGUUAGCUUGGCAAAGUUUUGUCGUCAGUUUUGAUUAAAGAUAACCACAUUAUUUGGAGUAACAAAGCACUUCGUUUUAUUAAACUUGCUGGAAUCGGGUUUAGCCAAAAAUGAUAAAUCGCCAAAAGUGGGUAUGCAUUCGACAUCGAUGUUUUGGAGGAGUUUAACUGCUCGUGAAAGUUGUUUCGGUUAUAAGUAAAUUUAUUUCGGUUUCCAUAAUCUGUAUGAUACAAAUGAUUAUAAAUUUAUCUUUCGGAAAAAAAACAAUUAUAGGCAUGUUUACUAAGCAGUGUCUCAAAUCCAAAGUAAAUUACGUAUGAAGUACUCAAAAAUAUUGUUCGGUUCAACCCUUUCUCGAUUGUCGCCAGUGACGUUACUCCUAUUAACAGUUAAUGGAUACAAGUCAUUUGAGCUAGAUGAUUCUAGGUGAUUAGCAAGCACGGAGCUGGUUUCUAUGUAAGAAUUUCGGUAAAAAGCUCAGAUCAACGAGAUAGUCUACUUGACGAUGUCUAAUUGACGACGAUUUCAGGCAAACAGAGUAAGAAAAUGUGAUUGAAUUCGAAUCCCAUUAUGACGUUAUUACACCCGUUGUUAAUGCUCUCAGCCGUUUCUGUUUCACGGAAUGAUUCUGGUCAGAUAGGUAUCGGUGUGUAAAUAUAAACAGUUUGCUCUGUACGCGGCGUUUUGCCAACCAGUGCACUAAAGAACACGUACAGUUGUUUUUAGCGGUUUAAUAAUGUUGAAGCUUUCAUGUCGCAAAAUGAUCGCCCUGGAUUGCUUAAUAAAAUAAGUUUUUCAAAACGGCAUCUCGGUAUGGAACAACCACGAAAUGAUGAGAAAGGUGGCCGCAACAUUGCAAAAGGCCGAUGUGUUUUCCCUCGAUUAGUCAUACUUUACGCUAGUCAAACAGGUACAGCGGAAGAUUGUGCAGAACGGGUGAGUCGUGAGGCUCAACGGCGGCAUUUCUCAUCUGUGGUUGUCAUGUCCUGUGACGAGUAUCCGAUAGAGAAGAUUUUUGAUGAAAAGCUCAUACUGUUUUUUAUAGCUACGACGGGACAGGGCGACCAUCCGGAUAAUAUGCGGAGCUUUUUUCGAAGCAUACUCAACCGAAAACUACAAUCCGGUGACUUUGGGCACAUCGAAUUCGCUGUAUGCGGCCUUGGGGACUCGUCAUAUCAAAAAUUCAACUUCUCAGCAAAAAAAGUGUUUCGGAGGCUGAUUCAGUUGGGCGCGCGAAAACUUAUCGAGCCGGUAUGGGCUGACGAACAACAUGAUCUUGGGGUAGAUGGACUUAUUGAUCCUUGGAUGGAAAAAUUUUGGACUGCCAGCGCCCAUUUGACUACAAAUCCUCUUCGUCCGCCUUUACCAGAUGUCAUGCCAUCACCUAAGUAUUCUGUUGUCCUUUAUGACGAGUCAGAGCUAGAUCAAUCUGGGCCCGCAGAUGCAAUGGACGAGACAAUCAACAUAAAUGGGAGUGAGUUCCACCUAACGUCCACAGACCAGUUAUCUAAAAGUCCUUUAAGGAGUACAGGUUCUUGGCCUUACGUGAGUGUCCGUGUACUGUCUCAGGAGCGCGUGACUACCGAAGAUCAUUUUCAAGAUGUUAGAUUAUUGCGCUUAGCUUACAGUGACCAGCCGUGUGCUGCACCUGGGGAUGUAGCCGUUAUUCUGCCAAAAAAUACCUCUGACAAAAUUCAAGCCUGCCUGGAUCUGUUUCCACACAUUAACCCCGAUCAACCAGUAACAUUGAAGGACGGCACGACUUCAUUACCCCCUCACCUGCGAACAAAAUGGACUACGUUCCGUAAACUCGUUACAAACUAUUUUGACUUAAAUUUCAUCCCAAAGAGAUCGUUUUUUAGCGUUUACAAACAUUUCUGUCGCCCGAUGGAUACACUGAAUGCAACUGAAAAAGCUGUUGCUACAGACAGCCAAGUGGCAUCUCAGCUAGAGCAGUAUUGGGAGAAGUUAGACGAGUUUAGUCGCGCGGAUGGCCAACCCGAAUUAAUGGAUUACACUAUCAAGCACAAACGAACUGUUCUUGAAGUUUUCGAGGACUUCCCUAUCAUCACAAAAAGGCUACGUCUUCAGGAUUUGCUUACGUUAAUUCCAGCGAUUAGACCAAGGUACUAUAGCAUUGCUAGCAGUACACUGAAACAUCGAGGAGAGAUCCAUGUCCUAUACGCUGUUGUGGAUUUUAAAACAAUGCUAAAAAAACCUCGAACAGGACUAUGUACACAGUUCCUCAAAAAUCUCAAAACGGGAAACAUUGUCAACUUGUACAUUCGAAAAGGUACAUUUCAGUUUCCCUUAAUUGAGGCAGAGGAACCUAAGAAGCUGCAGAAAAAAGUCAUUAUGGUGGGCCCUGGAACAGGCGUCGCUCCAUUUCGCGCGUUUAUUCAGGAGUGCGCUUUCGUCGGCGGCGCCAGUGAGCCUAUGAUCCUUUUUUUUGGCUGCCGUAAUUCGCUAAAGGACUAUUAUUUUGCCGAUGAAUGGCAUGAUCUUGAGAAGCGUAAAAUCCUUCGUGUGGUGACAGCAUUCAGCAGAGAUCAAGAACAUAAGAUUUACGUUCAGGAACGAAUCAAAGAGCACAAGGAUGAAUUGUUAAAGAUAGCUGAGGACGAAAAUUCGUUAGCCGUUUAUAUUUGUGGUAAUGCAGCUCGCAUGGUAGAAGACGUCCUGAAAACUCUACAGGAAAUCUGGGGUAGCGACAGGGUGCAACGUAUGCAAAACAAGAAGCUGAUUCAGAUAGAAGCUUGGGCAUAGAGUACAAAUUGUUGUUGAAACUAACAGCCUUUUUUGGUUUUCAGAAUUGUAGAACUAGAGAUUUGUCUUUUUUUCUGGUGCUAAAGUGCGAAAUAGUAAUCAAUGUAAAUAAAUAUUGCUGCAAACUAAGGACCCAACAGUUUUUUUGCUUAUAGUAAAUCAAAAUUGCUCUGUAUCCAUGCUGUUGUCAACAAUUCUGAGGCUAAAGGGAAGAAACUGUCAUGUAAUCAAUCGGCGAUAAAUGAUCACUACAAGGGUAUCGAUUUUUUUUCCAUGUAAACAGUGUAGGGCCCGUUUAGACAAAUUACAUAUUUUAAGUAAUUCUCGAAAAAUUUUAGUACACGUUGCGUCUGUUCUAACAACGGUCAGGGUUUAAUUCGGAAGUAAUAAGGGCGAUGUCGUCACUCAGCUGUCAUUACUACAGUUAAACAAUGCUUAAGUAAGAUAGUAUCGGAUCAUCAGAUGUAGAAACUCGGAAAAGUUAGACUGUGUGGAACUGCUAACAUUGUAAUACGUAUGACAUGUCUUUUAUGCACGAGAUAGUUGGGUCUUGGCCUGGUGCUACGCCCUUAAGAAAGUGGUUCGAUUCGAAAUCAAACAUAAAAUUGUUAAAGCAUGUAAUCUACAUCGAGUGAUAUAUUUAAAGAAGCCUUUUAUUAUUUACAGUAGAAAUCAGUUUUUUAAGCCAUACUGAUUGAAGGUAAAAAAUCACUAGAAGUUUUUGGACGCUUUAUAUACCAGUAGCCACAUCAAAGAAAAAACGUUUAUAAGUAAACACAGCUGGAGCAACUGAAAGGAUGAUGUGCGUCAUUAAAUAAAAGCACAAACAGAAUAACUAAGAACAAAUAUUUCCACUAUUUGCAAACCAAAUAAUGGGUUUAGUAUGCGAGGUGAUGUUUUACCAAAUUUUAAAGUCCCGCGGCAAUUCUUUGCAAGCCUAUUACAUCAUAUGAGCUCAUAAUAGUCAGCCAAAUUUAUGCAGGUAAUAUUACACUUUAAAGGCAGAAUUAUAUACUUCUAAACCGCUUAUAUAUAUAUAUAUAUAUAUAGGGAAAUUGUGAA